GGCCUCCGUGCCAGAGCCAUUUCCUCAGCCAUCUAUGUACAUUCUUUAGGCACAGCAUUGCUUCCUCUGGCGCGCCACCAGCACGCUAGGUGCUACAGCACGCUCAUUGCAUCGUCAUUACUAAGUAUCCAGGUGGCGGGGCAUCAUCCGAUGUCAAGGAUGGGGGCCACGUGCCUGUCAGCGGGCAGUGGCAAGCUUGCGGGCCUCGGCCUCUUUCGUGUUGCCAGCUUAUCACAGAAGCCCUGCACGCUGGUGCCUGGGAGCACACUAUGGCGGCAGUUGCAGAGUUUGCAAGGCACCUGCGGCACAGAAGCGCCAAUGAGGAAUGCGGUGAAAGGGCAUGAGGCCUGUGGAUCGCUUGUGAGCAGCAGGGGUUUCGGAGCAUUCAGAAUGGUGCCCAGCUUACCCAGCAGAGCGGCAUCGACAGCAGCAUCUGCUGCAAGUUCAGAGACCGCAGAAGCACCAACCGCUACCCCCACCCGUCCCCCCUCCACCCCAACGGUACUAGCAGACCCUGCUGUCAGUGGCGACAACAUUCGAAAAAGGUUUCUGGAGUUCUAUGCCGCCCGGGGGCAUAAGGUCCUGCCCAGCUCGAGUCUGGUUCCGGAGGACCCCACCGUGUUGCUCACCAUCGCGGGGAUGCUGCAGUUCAAGCCUAUCUUCCUGGGCCAGAUUCCAAGGUCGGUACCCCGCGCCACAACUGCUCAGAAAUGCAUUCGGACAAACGACGUUGAAAACGUGGGGCGCACGGCGCGCCACCACACCUUCUUUGAGAUGCUGGGCAACUUCAGCUUUGGGGACUACUUCAAGCGGGAGGCUAUCCAGUGGGCCUGGGAGCUGGCCAUCAAAGAGUACAAGCUGCCGGUGGAGCGCGUUUGGAUCAGCGUGUUUGAGGACGACGACGAGUCGCUCGCCAUCUGGCGGGACAAGGUCGGCGUGGCCCCCGAGCGCAUCAAGCGCAUGGGCGCCGCAGACAACUUUUGGUCCAGCGGGCCCACCGGCCCCUGCGGGCCCUGCUCCGAGAUGUACUUCGACUUCCACCCGGAAAGGGGGCACGAAGGCGCGAGCCUGGAAGACGACAGCCGCUUCAUCGAGUUUUAUAACCUGGUGUUUAUGCAAUACAACCGUACCGCGUCGGGCGAUCUGGAGCCGCUCAAGAACAAGAACAUCGACACCGGCUUGGGGCUGGAGCGGAUGGCGCAGAUCCUUCAAAAGGUACCGAACAACUACGAGACCGACUUGAUCUACCCAAUCAUCCAGAAGGCGGCGCAGCUGGCCGGCCUGGAUUACGCCACUGCGGACGAGCGCUCCAAGGUGAUGCUCAAGGUGAUCGGGGACCACACCCGGGCGGUCGUAUACUUGAUUUCGGACGGUGUGUACGCGUCCAACAUCGGACGCGGCUACCAGGUCCGGCGGCUGCUGCGGCGCGUCGUGCGCAUGGGCCGGAUGCUCGGGAUCGGGCGCGAGGGUCUGGACACGCACGAGGGCGCGUUCACACCGGCGAUCGCGGAGGUGGUGGUCGGGAUGUCGGGCGCGGUCGACGCUGACGUCAGCCGGAACGCGGGCCGGAUCUACGACGAGCUGCGGCGCGAGGAGCUGCGGUUCGUGCAGACGUUGGAGCUGGGGGAGAAGCUUCUGGAGCGGCUCCUCGCGACCGCGACCGCUGCCAAAGACGGGGACAGCGGGGCGGUGCUGUCGGGCAAGGACGUAUUCACACUGUACGACACGUACGGCUUCCCAGUGGAGAUCACGGAGGAGGUCGCGGCGGAACGGGGCGUGGGCGUAGACUUAGAAGGGUUCGAGAAAGAGAUGGAGACGCAGCGGAAGAUGUCGCAGGCCGCGAACGUGGCGGUGAAGCUCGUUGCCGGGGGGGUUAGCGCAGAGUUAGCGGAGAAAGUGGCGGCGACCGAGUUUCUGGGUUAUACGCACCUGGACGGGAUGGGCCGCGUGGCAGCGCUGGUGGUCGGGGGAUCCCUCGUGACCGAGGCGACGGAGGGGCAGGAGUGCGAGGUGGUGCUGGAUAAGACGCCCUUCUACGCAGAGUCCGGCGGGCAGAUCGGCGAUACCGGUCUCGUGGAAGUGACCAGCUCCUCUUCCUCCGGGCUGCUCCGCGUGCUGGACACCCAAAAGGCCGCUGGCGGGGGCGCGCUGUUCAUGCACCGUGCGAUCGUCGAGGCGGGAACGGUGACCAUCGGCGCCAGCGCGUCCGCUAAGGUCGACGUGGCCAAGCGGCGGCGCUCCCAGUGUCACCACACGGCGACGCAUUUACUGCAGGCCGCGCUGAAGAAGGUGGUGGGGCAAGACGUGUCGCAGGCCGGCUCGCUGGUGGCGUUUGAUCGGCUGCGGUUCGACAUCAACUGCCCGCGGCCAGUGACGGAGGAGGAGCUGACGCGCGUGGAGGAGCUCGUGAACGGGUGGAUCUCGCAGGCGGUGCCGCUCGAGGUGACGGUGAUGCCCAUUGCGGAGGCCAAGGCCGCGGGCGCCAUCGCCAUGUUCGGUGAGAAGUACGGCGACGAGGUGCGCGUUGUGAACGUGCCCGAGAUCUCCCUCGAGCUGUGCGGCGGAACCCACGUCACCAACACCGCCGAGAUCCAAGGUUUCAAGGUCGUGAGCGAGGCCGGCAUCGCGUCAGGCGUGCGGCGGAUCGAGGCUGUAGCGGGCCCCGCCAUGAUCGAAUACCUGACCGCCAGGGACGGCAUCGUCAAACAGCUCAGCACGCAGUUCAGAAUCAAGGGCGAGGAGGUCCCCGCGCGCAUUGCGGUUCUGCAGGAGGACCUAAAGGGCGCGCGCGCGGAGGUGUCGGACCUGAAGGCGGAGCUCGCGCUGGCCAAGGCGCAGCUGCUGGCGGGGCGCGCGGUCAAGCUGGCGGGGGGCGCGAGCAUCCUGGUGGAGCAGGUGCCGGGGGUGGACGCAGAUUCGCUCAAGGUUGCAGCGGAGCAACUACUAGAGGGUCUCGGUGAUCCAGGCGCAGUGAUUCUCGGAUCCUCUGUGGAGGCCGGAAAAGUUAGUCUAGUGGCGGCUUUCAGUCCCGCCGUGGUAAAGGCCGGCGUUCAAGCGGGCAAGUUUGUGGGCGCUGUUGCUAAGAUAUGCGGGGGAGGGGGCGGGGGUCGGCCAAACUUCGCACAAGCAGGAGGGAAGCUGCCGGAGAAGCUAGAAGAGGCUCUAGCGAAAGCGAGGGCGGAUCUGGAGUCCGCAUUGGGAAAAGCCUCCUAACAUUGUACAGUCAUCAAUAUUCACGCCUGCUCGAAACAUGCACCAUUUUGGCAGGCUUGGCACGUGCUAUUUGGUCGGACUCUGUCGAAAGGCAGCACAUGGUGGUAUGCCUGUAAGACGUGCGGAUUUUGGCUUGGUGCCAAGCUCGUUGCUAUCAUACUGCUUGAGGAUGAAUCUACCGUGACGAGGCACAA